UUAUUUUAAAGCCGUCAUUACAGUACAGAGGAAAAGGAAGAAAAUGGCGGCGAUCAUCAUUCUCUGUUCAUCACCUACAUUGUAAGACAAUUUCAGUCUCUUUGCACCAGUGGACCUUGAAUUACAGCCCAGGACAAAACUCCGGUUUUAUUUUUUAUUUAUUAAUCGUUCUAAGCUUUUCUCCAAGCAACUUUUUUCGCCAAACUAUUUGUCGCCAGGUCCAAACAAAUGAGAGCAGGUGUGUUUCACUAACAGUCGACUACUGAGGAGGAAGAUAUGGCGCCUGCAGGUGGAGCUGUUGUGAUCCUUACGUCAGUGCAGCUUUACCGACAUCUCCUCAGGUGCUGCAGGCAGCUGCCCACCGCAGCCAUGCAGCAACACUAUAAACACGCAAUAAGACAGGGUUACAACAGUCACUGUGAUGAAGAUGACCCAGGGAGGAUCCAAGUGAUAAUCCAACGAGCUGUAGAAGAUGCUGAGUGGAUUCUUAAUAAGUACACCAAGAAGUGAGUAAAUCUCAACCCAAUCUCAUAACCGAGAAUGUCUGUUGAAGUUAACUUCCCUGCUCAUGGACAUCUUAUUCUAUGGAGUCUAAUAUAAAAGAAAAAUGUAAAUAUUGAAAAUUGUACUUUCUUGUAAAUACAUUAAAUUUAAAGUACUCUA